GGCAGGUUUGACCCCACGCCACUGAGGGCGGAGGGGUAUUGGGGAUCGCCGCGGCCAGAGGAGGUCCGAAGACCGAGGAGAAGCUGACCAGAUUCCCCCAGAUUCGGCGGGAACUGCCCAGGACGUUCAGAGGUGGCCCAGGGAAGCGGGGACGCUGAUGUGUGCUCCACAGCUCCCCCGCCCCACCGCCAAAAGAGGAGAGAGGCUGGAGGUUGAAUUCCUCACCAGUAGCCAAUGCUGUAAUCAGUGAAACCUAUGUAAUGGAACCUUCAUCAAAACCCUAAACUAUGGGGUUUGGACAGCUUCCAGCUGCAGGACUCACUACACCCCGUGUGCUUAUCUAGAAGCUGGAGAGGUCGGUUUACAGCCUGGACGCAUGACCCGCCCAACUGUGGGUCUUCUCCGGAGUUUCCUGUCCUUGAUCCAGAGAGAUGUGAGAUCAAGGCAACAGCUCAGAAAGCAAGGAUAGAGGGAUUUUGGAGCAUCUCCCUCUAGGGCUCCGAGUUGGGAGAAACCUGGAAACACCACAGUGGGUUCGAGGACCCACAGGAAAACCGGGAUAACUGUCUAAAGCCAGAAGCGAUGGCCCACAAGGGAGACCCUGCAGAGGACUGUGUCCAGGAACUCAAUGAACUCAGCCAAACCCCAAGAACCACAUUGAAUACUGCUGCUACCCAAGCAGUCUUCCCUAGGGACAGCAGGCCCCAGAGGUGCUGCACGCCAAGGAAGAGCCCGAAGAAGAAGCAUGCGGAGGCUGGCGAGGGGGAGAAAGCUGGCAGCCACAAGAAGAAGUGGAAAUGCAAGGACUGUGGGAAGGCCUUCAGCUACUGCUCCUCAAUCAUCUUGCACCAAAGAAUCCACACCGGGGAGAAGCCGUUUGCAUGCCCCGAGUGCGGCAUGGCCUUCAGACAGAGUGUACACCUGACCCUGCACCAGCGCACGCACACAGGCGAGAAGCCCUAUGCGUGCGGCCAGUGCGCCAAGGCCUUCACACGGGUGUCCUACCUGACACAGCACCAGCGCAUGCACACGGGUGAGAGGCCCUACGUGUGCCGGGACUGUGGCAAGCGCUUCAGCAACCGCUCACACCUCAUCCAGCACCACAUCAUACACACUGGGGAGAGGCCCUACAAGUGCCUGCAGUGUGGGGCCACCUUCAGUUACGUGUCGUCCCUCAUUGAUCACCAGAAGAUCCACACCACAGAGCGGCCCUACAAGUGCGGCGAGUGCGGCAAGGCCUUCAUUCAGGGCUCAUCCCUCACAUUGCAUCAGCGCACACACACAGGCGAGCGGCCCUACACCUGCCAUGAGUGCGGCAAGUCCUUCAGCAACCGUUCCUACCUGAUCCGGCACCACAUCAUUCAUACCGGGGAGAAGCCCUACGAUUGCAGUAGCUGCGGCAAGGCCUUCAGCCGGGCCUCAACCCUCGCGCAGCAUCAGCGCACGCACAGUGGCGAGCAGCCCUACACCUGCCAAGGCCAGCGGCCCUACACCUGCCAGGAGUGCGGCAAGGCCUUCAUCCGAGGCUCGUCCCUCACCCGGCAUCAGCGAACACACACAGGCGAGCGGCCCUACAAGUGCAGCGAGUGCGGCAAGGCCUUCAUCGAGGGCUCGUCACUCACGCGGCAUCAGCGCACGCACACAGGCGAGCGGCCCUACACCUGUCAGGAAUGCGGCGAGGCCUUCAGCAACCAUUCCCAUCUGAUCCGGCACCGCAUUAUUCAUACUGGGGAGAAGCCCUACAAGUGCAGUGUCUGUGGUAAGGCCUUCAGCCGGGGCUGGUCUCUCACGCUGCAUCAGCGCACGCACACGGGCGAGCGGCCCUACACCUGUCACGAGUGUGGCAAGGCCUUCAGCAGCCGCUCCCACUUGAACCAGCACCACAUCAUUCAUACCCGGGAGAAGCCCUACGAGUGCAGUGCCUGCGGCAAGGCCUUCAGCUAUUCCUCGACCCUCAUCCGACACCAGAGGACACACGCAGACAAGAAGCACUACUCGUGUGGCCCCUGUGGGGACACCUUUGCUCAGCUCCCACACCUGACUCAACACCUGGGCUCUCACAGGGAGGAGAAGCCUGGUCACAGUGGUGACCUUGCAGAAACCUGUGUGGACCAGCAGAAGAGCUGAGGUGUAACGGGCCUGUUAUAUACCAGGCACUCCACUAGGCAUUUUUAUGCCUCAUUCCCAACCUCACGACACUAUGGGGGAGAUAUAGCAGAUGGGUCAUCCCUAUGCUACUUGUGAGGAAACCAAGGCUCAGAGUAGCUCAGUAACUUACCUGAGGUCACACAGCAAGGAAGACACAAGGCUGGGGCUGGACCCAACACCUGCCAGACUCCCCUCCACUACCUCCCUGGAAUUAUAAAUGUGGCAUGGGUAAGUAGACCCACAAAAAUACCUGUGGGUCUCUGGCUGGCCUUCUAAUUUUUAAUUUUAUGAUUUAGUUGGCGCUUGCUUAAUAAAUUUAAUUGAAUAGAAAGGAAUAACAGGUUGCUGAAGUUGGCAUAUUUACUAAAAGAGCAGGGUCUGAAGAAGAAAUCUGGAUCUGCUAAGAUACAAACAGUGCCUAGAGAAAAUGAGCAGGAGAAAUCUAGAGCAGGAAGAGUUGUUCUAGAAGAAGGAAAAUGCCUCUCCCCUGACACAUCUGAAAAGAAGGAGUUUUAGAGUGGAGCCAGUCAUUUUACAAUAUGAGGAAACACCACUGCCACCCCAGCUUUUUUUCCCCCAAAUCUAAAAAAACCUGAAUAAUAGUUGCAUUAGAUAGCCCUUGCUGUGUCACAAAUCAUUCAGAACCCAGUUGUCCAUUGAAUAUUUCUUAUGCUUCUACAGAUCAGCUGGGUGGUUUUGUUGGUCUGAACCGGGCUUGAUUGGUCUUGGCUGGACUCACUUAUGCAUCUGCAAACACCUAAGAUGGGGGCUGGAUAGUCCAGUAGGCUCUGCUGGGCCAAUUCAUCUUUCCUCCUGGUGACUCACAUCUAACCUGGGUGUGUUCUCAGGGUGGUAGCAAGGGUCUGAGAUAGAGUGGACACACACAAGUAUAGUUUCAAGCUUCUGAUAUAGUCAAGUUUGCAUCUAGGCCCAUUGACCAAAGCAAGCCUCAUAGCCAAGCCCAGGAGCAGUGUAGGCAGAGCCUGUGCGGGAGUGUGGCCGGAGGGAAGAGUGAGAGUGAGAAUCAUUAAUGCAGCCCAACUACUAUAAUGGUGAAAUAAAAGUUAUAAUCACAUAACUUUCCAAAACUAGAAUCUUGACAAAAUUAUGGGAAUACAUCCAUGUGGUCCACAAUUUAUAAACAAACAAAAAUCUUGUGUCCCCUUGCUACCAAGUUCCUUUCACUAGAAGCAAUCACUUACUGUGUGUGUGUGUGUGUGUGUGUGUGUGUGUAUAUAUAUAUAUAUGAAUAUUUCUUUGUAUGUACAAUAUGCUGGAAAGAUAUAUAGCACACCUUUCUACACAAGUGGUAUCGUAUGGUACUCACGUUUUUCUGUCUGGCUGUUUUUCGUUAUUUUUUGUUCUGAGACAUCUUGUGUUAGUAGACAAAGGGUUAGAUGUUAUUCCUUUAUGAAGUAUAGGCAUAAGAUUUCUUAUGUAAUAGAAUAAUUUAUGAUUGUUUUGGUCUUCCCCUGUUACUCAAUUGGCUCCAGAAAAAAAAAAAUCCCUGAAAAAUAUAUUUCAGUUAGAAGAAUGCUUUUCUUACAAGGUUGACCAAUAAAUUGUCCUGUGUCAUAGGACAACAUAGGUCCCUUCUGCAUAGAAAAAGAACCCACCACAUUUUAAAAUUUUGUAACAAUAUUUUUCAAUUAUACAGAAAAGUAUAAAGAUAAUAAAAGCUCAUAUAUAUAUGUAUCCACCCAGACUGAAUACUAUUUUUUA